AUGUCUAACUCGCCGGCCUUCCCCUACCCCUACUCUUAUCCGCCGCCACCGCCGCCGCCUUCGCCAGCACCGCCGGGCCUCGGCCUUUAUUUCGGCGUCAUCGGUGUGAUUCUGGUCAUGCUUGCGUUCAAGUUUUUUUGCAAGGACAUCCCUACAGACAAUGAACCUCCCGGACACCAUGGCGGUAACGACGCCGCUGCUUCGGCCACUCAUCAGCAGCGGCGGUCGCCACGGCGACUUUCCGACGGUGAGCAGCUGCACGGCGCCAGCUUGGACGACCGAUCGCGACUCCCCAGCCCGACGCCUAGCCUCCCGGCGGCGUUCGCGUACAACCGGUCGCUGCAGAGAAAAGUGGUGGACACCGCCGGCGAGGAGGUGGCGGCGUGCCCAGUGUGCCUCGGCGCCUUCGAGUUCGGGGAGAUGGUGCAGCUGCUGCCCGUGUGCCUUCACCUUUACCACGCCGAGUGCAUCGACCCAUGGCUGCGCAAGCACUCGACGUGCCCAGUCUGCCGGUCCGAGACCGACCCCAUGGCGGUGAUGGACGUCAGCCAGCUACCACCUGUUUAG